UUACUAUUAUCCCCGAUGCUUUGGUGUAAUCCUGGAAGCAUUGGUCUGUGCCUCAUUUAUUUGAACAGAAUAACAAUGGCAGCAAUCCAACAAAGCUAAACCCUUGACAGACAAAGACACUUCACAAAAAUGGCAACACUGACAUGCUACUCCUCAUGUACUUCACCUCCAGUACCAAAACCCAUCUCAAAAUCUUCACUUCCUUUGCUCCUUAACAUCCCAAAUCCACAAUUUUUUACUAAACAUUCUUCUCCCCUAGCAAUUUCCUCAAACCAAAAACGGACACACAGACCUCCCAUUAUUCUUCAAUGUGCAAACUUCAACACAGCUUCCUCCUUUACAUUUCAAGAAUCAGAAUUAGAAACCGAAAACGAAACUGAAACUGAAAAUGAAGAAGAUGAAGAAGGAGAUGAUGGGGUUACAUCAAUUUCCAAGAUUCCAGUGAAGAGGAAAAGGAGGAGGUAUAGGAAGCAAUACCCAGGUGAGAAAAAGGGUAUUACUGAAGAAAUGAGGUUUGUUGCAAUGAAACUUCGUAAUUCUAAAGGCAAGAAAGUAUCAGAGAAUGAUGAUGAAAUGAAAGAUAGUGAUGGGUAUGAGUCACAAGAGAAUGAUGAGGAUGAUAAUGGUGGUGGUGAAGAGACUUGGGAGCCAAGUAUGGAAGGGUUUAUUAAGUAUCUUGUUGAUAGCAAGCUUGUUUUUAGUACAAUUGAACGUAUUGUUGAUGAGUCCAGUGAUGUUUCAUAUGCCUACUUCAGAAGGACUGGAUUGGAGCGAGCAGAAUGUAUAUCCAACGACCUAGAAUGGUUUAGCCAACAGGGUCAUGAAAUUCCUGAACCGAGCAAUGCUGGAGUCAGUUAUGCCAAUUAUCUGGAGGAAUUGGCAGAAAAGACUCCUCGUUUAUUUCUAUCCCAUUUCUACAACAUUUAUUUCUCGCACAUAGCAGGAGGUCAAGUCAUAGCCAAAAAGGCCUUUGAGAAACUCUUAGAGGAAAAAGAGUUGGAAUUCUACAAGUGGGAGGGGGAUGAACAAGAGCUGUUGCGAAGUGUGCGUGAAAGUUUCAACAUGCUGGCAAAGCAUUGGUCUAGAGAUGACAAGAAUAAGUGCCUGAGAGAAGUAACCAAGGCAUUCCGGUUUAUGGGUCAGAUUGUUCGGCUAAUUAUCAUCCUGUAAACCAUCCCAGUUCAAAGGUUUAACUUGGUUUCUAAAUGCUGCUGGAAAGCACGUGCUUUGGUUGGCUGAUCCUCUUGCUAAGCUACUAUAAUUCCAUUUCUCAACUUACUUUGUUCCUAAUGGAUGGCAAAUGGGCAGCUGGCUCACAAGUUGCAUGGUCACGAACAACUUUUGCAUUUUUUGCAUCAAAUUGGAUCGAUUUACAACUGAGAGGAAAAUUGUCGAUCAUGUUCAUCAAGCUGCAGACGGGCUAAUAUGGCCCCAUCUUUCCCUGGUCUUGUGGUUUUCAUUUGCAGAGUUCUCGGGAGCAUUCUAUACUUGGAGAUAUGUACUUCUAUAGAAUCUCUUUAUUUUCCUUUAGAAGAGGUCUCUAUGGGAGUUAGGUGGAAUGAAUUUUAUGGUAUGUAUAUUGAAAAAGGUGUGCAGAAUCCAGCCAUGGAAGCAUUUCAAUGGAGAAACAGGAGAGAACCAAUAGUAUAUGUGUUUCAAGGAGGUGGAAAUCAAGUUCCAGGAUGUAACCAAUUUAGAGCCAUUUAUUUGGCAAAUGCAAUAUUUGGGAUUUGAUACGGAGGAAGAGUAAUUGUAAUUGUGUUUCCUUUUACGCGGCUAAGUGUUCACAUUGUC